UAAUCAUAAAUUAUUAGUCUUUGCUUAAGCGAACAAGUAAAGGAUUUAUAAUAAAUUUCAAAGUUUACAACAUUCCUCGAUUUUCAUACAGUUUAGUUCACGAACCAAAAAGAGUUAUAAAAGAAGACGAUGUCACGCGGCAGCUCCACCGUCCUCCUCAGUUUCCUCCUUCUCACCGCCGUCGCAAUAGCCUUGGACAAUGAUGAGGACAUGUGCGUGUUCACGGUUUACAUAAGAACCGGUACGGCAUGGAAAGCCGGUACAGACUCGGUCAUGAGCCUCCGUGUUUACGACAGUUACGGUCAAAACGCGGUUAUCUCCGAUCUGGUGUCAUGGGGAGGUUUAAUGGGUCCAUUUCACGACUAUUUCGAGAGGGGCAAUCUCGACAUUUUCAGCGGUUUAGGUUCUUGUCUCUCAGGUCCGGUCUGCGCGAUGAACCUGACAUCCGAUGGCUCUGGUGAUCAUCACGGUUGGUAUUGCAAUUACGUGGAAGUGACGAUGAGUGAGAGCCGUCGGAAGAAAAGUUGUUCUCAGGAGAAGUUUAAAGUGGAACAAUGGCUGGCUCGUGAUGCUUCGCCGUAUGAGCUGUCGGCGAUUAGAAAUCAUUGUUCGGACUUUGUCAAGAAUCAGCGAGUUGCUAUCCCCACGUUGAUGUAAUGCGAGAUUAUUUUAUUUAUAACUUUUGGGGUCAAAAUGUGAUGUUUCCGUGUGUGAUUGAGAAU